CUCUGCGACUAUCGUUUUCUUCAACCUUGCUAUCAUUCUUAUUCUUUCUCUUUAUCACUACUUCUCUGUAUUAUAGGCUCUUUCGUUCAAGAUGUUCCGCGUACCAUCACUAACGUCGGAUGCACCAGAUGACUCUCAGAACGCCUCUAUACCACCAGCCGCGGAGGCACCAAGGUAUGGCACUCCUGGCGAAAGCCAGACACCGCCCCGGACCAUGCCUGCUGGUUGGGUUCCCGAGCCUGCGUGGAUGGUUUCGCAGACGGAGGCGUCAAUUGACUCAUACUCUCGCGGGUCAGGUUUCUAUUUCCCAGAACCAACCCGGGAGGUCCUCCAAGUGGAUGAUAGUGUUCCCCCGGCGUGGUCAAGUCAAGAACACUACACUGGUAGAGCUCCCUCGAACGAGGCUCCGAGCCAGAUCAUCACAGACAGCUACUCAGAUGGCGUCUUUGCAGGUGGAAGGCUGGAAUCGUUCGACUCGGACGGGAGAAUCACGCCAACCCAGUCAACGACAAAUAGUGUUCGAACCACGGUACCCAGUUUCUUCAAACCCCAUCUGGGUCUAGAUUAUGCGCAAGUCUCCUAUUCCGCAAACAGGACAAUCAGACUACCUCUUGCUCCGGCGGCUUCUGCAACAUCUUCUCGAGGAUCUGAUGCAUCGAGCAUGCGGUCUCCUCUCGCUCCGGCGGUCCGUACGCCUCCUUCUCGUGCGAAUGUUGCACCAGGCUCUUCUCGACUGUCUGCUGGCCUGACAACGGGCACCAGGUACCCAGGCACUGCCUCUAGCCCUCCUGCAAGCAGCGCAUCGAGCUUAUAUGUGACGGCGAAGACGACGAUAGAACGAUCGGAGAAGCUUACUCAGCAUAAAGCAAGCAGGCCCGCUAGGCAGAGAGAGACGGACAGGAAUACCACAGGGUCUCGUGGAAUUGCUCAACCACCAAGUCGCCAACGGCCGUCAAGCGCUAGUGCGGGUGCUCAGCCAGCCCAUUCUCCAUUUAGCCCCGUAGAUCCUCAUCAGCCAAGCACUCGAGCAUUUGCUAGUCAAAACGAAAAUGCCAGUGGUCCUUCUACUAUCAACGCGUCUGCUCCAGCUAGUUCCACGCCUGGGCACGGGGUUCUUUAGCAGCCACCAGUCCAUGGAUAUCUGUAGCCCUCCACCAUCUUCCAACUUCAAAGGAAAGGAGUCCCCAGCCGGGAAGAUUGAACCUAC